AUGAAAAAAAAUUCAUUCAUAUCCGUUAUUUCGGAUGAAAAAAAAGAAGAAAACAGAGGGUCUGUUGAAUUUCAAGUAUUCUGUUUUACCAAUAAGAUACGAAGACUUACUUCACAUUUGGAAUUGCACAAAAAAGACUAUUCAUCUCAGAGAGGACUACGAAAAAUUCUGGGAAAACGCCAACGACUACUGGCUUAUUUGUCAAAGAAAAAUGUAGUACGUUAUAAAGAAUUAAUAAGUCAAUUGAACAUUCGAGAACUAAAAACACGUUAA